AUGACCUCCAAGCAGGUGCGCAGCGCCUACCGCGCGUCGACCCGCGGCCCGCCCGUCUCCCGCGCCGAGCGGCUCCGGCGAGACCGAGCCGAGCAGGACCGCAUCCGCAAGGAGGCCGAGCGCGAAAGGGCCGCCGCGCGGGCCAGGCUCGCCCGCGAGCGCAGGCGCGACAAGGAGCUGGCCGAGCGGGCGCACCGGCGGAAGCUGCGCAUGCCGCUGGCCAGCGUGCGCCCGAGCCAGGACACCAUCUCGCGCUUCGCCCGGGGCGGCGGCGGCGGCGGCGGCGGCGGCGGCGACGGCAAGCCAGGAUCCUGCUGCGACGGCGGGGACAAGGAGAACGAGGCGCCGCGGCGGGGGUGCGCUCGCGCCGGCCGGUCGGACCUGCUGGAGGAGCAGGAGCAGGAGCAGGAGGAGGAGGAGGAAGGGGCCUCGCCGACGCGGGUCCCGCCGCCGCCGCCGCCGCCGAGCACGCAGGCCAUCCUGAUCAACGCCGACGCCUUCUUCCCCACCUCGUCCCAGCAGGCGCGGGAGCUCCAAGACGACGCCAACGCAGCGCCCGCCAGGCAGCGCAGCCUCUCAGCCGCGGGCCCCGAACCAUCGCCCUCACGCCCGCAGCGAGCCGUGCCCCCGCAAGACCGGCAGCCGCCCAGGAUGGCAGACACGCCAAGCUCGCCUGCGGCGUCGGCCCGGACGGGAAACACGGAGCCAGCUCGUUGGCCGGGGGCCGACGCGCAGCCGUGCUUCCGGGAGUCCCAGGAGACGGAAUACGGGGGGGAGUGGGUAGACGAGCUGGCCUCGGAGCUUGGUUUUUGA